AUUGAGAAAAAAAGAAAGCAAGUUCUUGAGCUGAGCUACAUACAUUUCAAGCUUGAUCUCUGCACUGAUCAACCUUUUGCCAAUGUUGUUGGUGAUCUGGAUGUCUGUGCUGCAGAUGCCUGGAAGACAGCAUGUGAGGAGCUGCGUGUUGACUUUGAGAUGGAUCCAAUGGAAUUCGGACUCAUCAAAGAUCGUGUUACUCAGGUUCGCGGGCAAGUGAAAGAUAUUGCACGAUCCUUAGUGCCAAAGAUCUAUGGAUUUGUGAACAUCGAGGAUUGUGACGACGACGAGGGUGACGAUGAAAUCAAAGUCGCGCAGCAAGCCAAUCGUGACAUAUAUGAGAAGCUGAAGACUAAAUCUACCUUUGCCUACCUGGAUCCAAACAACAAGACAAUUCCCAAUGGCUUGUACCGCAACAAGAUAACUAUCAAGGUGAUCAACAAGCAAUUUUUUUCAGAUGCCCACGCAGACGGCACCAAGUAUCCACAAUAUUUCACACAAGGCAUUCCCCUCAAACUCAUCGGAUUUGUUCUCACCACAGUGUGUGCUCUAGACGAGUGGCAUACAGGCAAUUUCGAAAAGGUGGAAUUCAAAGGCAAGAAAUACGAGAAAGUGUACAAUCGUCAUUUGGACGACCUCCAGCGCUGGAAGGCUUUCACUGAGGAGAGAGGUGAACCACUCACACAGAAACUCCAGAACAGCUUGCUGGAGAAGGCCAGGUGA